AACUCAAAGCAAAAUCAGCCCCUCCAGGCCCCGCGCCUCCGCCUGGGCCGUGACCUCCCCGCCGCGGCCACGGCCAUGGCGCAGGAGAACGCCGCCCUCUCGCCGGGGCCCGAGGAGCAGCCGCGGCGCCGCGGCCGCCAGCGCUACGUGGAGAAGGACGGCCGCUGCAACGUGCAGCAGGGCAACGUGCGCGAGACGUACCGCUACCUGACCGACCUGUUCACCACGCUCGUGGACCUGCAGUGGCGCCUGAGCCUGCUCUUCUUCGUGCUGGCCUACGCGCUCACCUGGCUCUUCUUCGGCGCCAUCUGGUGGCUGAUCGCCUACGGCCGCGGCGACCUGGAGCACCUGGAGGACACGGCGUGGACGCCGUGCGUCAACAACCUCAACGGCUUCGUGGCCGCCUUCCUCUUCUCCAUCGAGACGGAGACCACCAUCGGCUACGGGCACCGCGUCAUCACCGACCAGUGCCCCGAGGGCAUUGUGCUGCUGCUGCUGCAGGCCAUCCUGGGCUCCAUGGUGAACGCCUUCAUGGUGGGCUGCAUGUUCGUCAAGAUCUCGCAGCCCAACAAGCGCGCCGCCACGCUCGUCUUCUCCUCGCACGCCGUGGUGUCGCUGCGCGACGGGCGCCUCUGCCUCAUGUUCCGCGUGGGCGACCUGCGCUCGUCGCACAUAGUCGAGGCUUCCAUCCGCGCCAAGCUCAUCCGCUCGCGCCAGACGCUCGAGGGCGAGUUCAUCCCGCUGCACCAGACCGACCUCAGCGUGGGCUUUGAAACGGGCGACGACCGCCUCUUCCUCGUCUCACCGCUCGUCAUCAGCCACGAGAUCGACGCCGCCAGCCCCUUCUGGGAGGCGUCGCGCCGCGCCCUCGAGAGGGACGACUUCGAGAUCGUCGUCAUCCUCGAGGGCAUGGUGGAAGCCACGGGAAUGACAUGCCAAGCUCGGAGCUCCUACCUGGUGGAUGAGGUGCUGUGGGGUCACCGCUUCACAUCAGUGCUGACCCUGGAGGAUGGCUUCUACGAGGUGGACUAUGCCAGCUUCCACCAGACCUUUGAGGUGCCCACACCCUCAUGCAGCGCCCGGGAGCUGGCCGAGGCCGCAGCCCGCCUUGAUGCCCAUCUCUACUGGUCCAUCCCCAGCCGGCUGGACGAGAAGGUGGAGGAGGAGGGGUUGGGGGAGGGGGCGGGCGAAGAGGCUGGGGCUGACAAAGAGCAGAAUGGCUGCCUGCCACCCGUGGAGAGUGAGUCCAAGGUGUGA